AAUUCUUGUCUGCCUAGCUUUUAGAAUGUGGAUUUAGCAUAGUUGAUGUUUUUAUCGUCAUAAACAUGCAAAUCAAUGGCAUUCAAUUCUGCAAGCAGAUAUUGAAAACGCCUAAUUAACAUUGUAACGGUGAGUGAAGUGGGUAGUGUGCUACCCUUCUGUCCAAAAAAAAAAACAUUGUAAGGGUAAAGGCCUCUUUCUGGGUAGUCAACUGAGAAGACCUUCUUAUCAGUUUUUCUCAGUUGAGGCAAAUUUUUGUCAAAUCAUAUUUUUACGAGAGGAUCGACUAAGUGUGGUUUGAUCAACUAGUUUAUUGAUGAAUGCAUAUGCAGGUCUGUCUGAUGUGAACUAGUAGCUUUAAGUUGCUUGGAGUGAUAUAUCAUGUUGUGACUUCUUCUUUCAGUAUUGUUAAGUAUGAAAAAUUCUAUUUUCUGCUGAGAUUUCUUUGUAUGAUGAAUCAUCUUACUCCUUUGAUGCUGUGCAAUAUUAAUUAGCCAAAAGCAAUCCUUUUAUCGUCUACUCUUAGGCCAUUAUUGGACAGUCAGGCAUAAUUUGGCUUUUCAUCUUUGAAAGGUUCUCUAUUCUCUCUCUACUUCCAACCUUUCUCAGACUACGGAGACGGUGGAUUUUCUGGGGAGAUGUGAUUAUUUAUCCGAAGAUUUGCUCAUCUUUAAUUGCUAAAAGGAGUUUCUACUUUGCUAUAUUCUCAAACUGAAGUAGCCAAGAUAAGGACACCAGGAUUUUAGAUGGACAAUUUCAUUGAUCCAUUCCUUUCUAGUUCAUCCUGGGUUGGCAAUGCUACUUCAUUGGAAGCAUAUGCAGGAAAUGAAAGAAACUCAUCUGAAUUCAUGACACCUUCGAGCCAUAUCGUAGUGAAUGGGUCUGCUGAAGACCUAAAAAUUCAUGAGCACAACAGAACCUCAUCAAUAUUUACAAAUGGAAAUAUAAAGUACGAGCUUGAUAAGAGCCUAUUUUCUGGUGGGGUCGAGUCUAAUUCAACACCUGUCUCAUUUGGCCUUGAAUUGGAUAUGCCUCAUAGUGGAGUUGCCAUUUCCAGUUCAAUUGAGAGCAAUGGUAGCGAAUUCUCUGCCUUUCCGCAAUCUCUCACCGAUGCACACUCUAUUUCUUCGCCUUCGGUUAUGUGGCCUUCUUCAUAUGUGAACAUUUCCUCACUCAUCUUACAAAGAAAACCACAAACUUUUGGUCUUCAAGAGCUGGAAAAUGAUAAUAUAUUGAGGAACACAUGCGAUGAGAAUGGGAAGUUCUCUCAGCUGGAAAAUUUGCCGUUGCGAUUCAUACAUGAUAAAAAUGAGUUCCAUAGCAGUCAUCUGCCUUCUUUCACUGCUGGGCCACAGGUGCAAUUUACUAAUGGUGGUUCGCAGACUCAAGAGCAGGAACAAAAUGGAGUGCAUAAACUUCAUAUGCCCUCUUUUGCUUCUGGGCCUCAAAUGACUUUUAGCAAUACAGGGUUGGCUCAGAAUUCUCAACAGUUGACGCAAUCAAUUGAAGGAAAUACUAGCAAACUUCAUAUAAAUCAUUCAUCAAAUAGUCAAUCCCAAUUAGCUCCAGUGAAUGAAAAUGGUUGCAAUGGAGCUGUCAAACCACGCGUUAGAGCUCGCCGUGGUCAGGCCACUGACCCUCAUAGCAUUGCAGAGAGGCUUCGAAGAGAAAAAAUUGCUGAAAGAAUGAAGAAUCUCCAAGAACUUGUUCCAAAUUCGAACAAGACGGAUAAGGCAUCAAUGCUGGAUGAGAUAAUUGACUAUGUGAAAUUUCUUCAGCUGCAAGUGAAGGUCUUAAGCAUGAGCCGCUUGGGUGCAACUGGAGCAGUUGUUCCACUUCUUACAGACUCUCAAGCUGAGUGCUCCGGUAAUUUGCUCAUUUCUUCUCCAUCUAUUAGCGCCACUGGGCCCGAUUUUGCUGAUUCGCAGGACACCUCGUCCCUUGAACAAGAAGUGGUGAAGCUGAUGGAGUCAAAUGUCACAAAUGCGAUGCAGUACCUUCAGAAUAAAGGACUCUGCUUGAUGCCCAUUGCUCUCGCUGCUGCGAUAUCCAAUCAGAAGGGAUCGAAUUCCUCAGCCAUUCCCCCCGAAAGAAGGAAACCAAGCUUAGUUCAUCCCGAGACUAAUAAUGCUGCAGAAGACAGAGCCAAUGGUUUCGACGAUGGCGACAUGAGAAAAGAAGAAGUCGCAAAAUCUGUGAACAAUGGAAGAGAGUUGCAAUCCAAGGCUUAGGGUCCGAACUGACUACAUAAUCUUCUGGUGAAAAUGUAUGCACCUUACCUAACUAUAGCGCAUUUUGAAACGGGUACCUGAAUUUUAGAAAAUUUGAUUUUACUACCUGUUCCUGUGUAUUGACUAUCCGUAAUCUAACAGGAAAUUUCUGUUAAUUGACAGAAUAUUCUUCAACUUUUCUUGACCAAAUCUGCCAGUUCUAACGGGACUUAAAUGGAAUUUGUCUGAAAUCAAAUUUAGCCAAAGUUAGGUAGUAGAAUCAACAAUUUCAACUUCAGGUACCCAGUUCAAAAUACGCUAAAGCUGAGGUAAGGUCGUUUACUUUUUUUGUUUGAUCUUUUCCUUCUUUGUACUAAUUUGUUUGCUGAUUGAGGAGACUUUUUCUUUAGCUGUUGUAAUGUAAGUAUGUAAGGCUGUAGAUGUUGCGCUUUAAAGGUUGGUGAGUUUGAGUUCAUUUUAUCUGAGAAUUAGGUGCUAAUUGACUGAUGAUGAUGAGCUCAUUCAGAUCUCUACGUCGGUAUUCUUCUACGGACUUUAUUUGUUGUGUGUAGAAUAUAAAUAAAUAAUCAUGGUAUUGUCAAAAUGCA